AUGAAAGUUUAUGCCAUGUUAAUAUUGAGAUCUGUAGCAAAACAGUUCUGUCAUGUUAAUUCAUCACCUUCAUGUAUAGUUUCAUCAUACUGUAGAUCACUGUUGCCUAAAAGGAGUUAUUGUUCCAACAUGGGAAAAGUUAAGAAACGCUAUGACAGUAUUGUUAAGUCUAGUGAAGACAAGAGAGAUUAUCGAGGCAUAGAAUUAAGCAAUGGUAUGCGAGUGAUUUUAGUUAGUGACCCAACUACUGAUAAAUCAGCUGCUGCAUUGUGUGUCAAUAUAGGGUUUAUGAGUGAUCCUGAUUAUUUACCUGGCUUAGCACAUUUGUGUGAACAUAUGCUCUUUCUGGGUACUAAGAAGUAUCCAUUAGAAAAUGAAUAUUCAAAAUAUUUAUCUGAACACGGAGGAGGUAGUAAUGCUCAUACAUCUUCAGAACACACAUGCUAUUAUUUUGAUGUUAAGCCAGAGAAUUUAGAUGGUGCAUUAGAUAGAUUCGCCCAAUUUUUCAUUGCUCCUCUCUUCACCGAAAACGUGACAGAUCGUGAAAUCAAUUCUGUAGAUUCAGAGCAUGAAAAAAAUAUUCAAAAUGAUUCUUGGCGUUUAAAUCAACUAGAGAGAUCAAUAUCAAAACCUGGACACCCUUAUACAAAAUUUGGGACUGGCAAUCGACUAACUCUUGAUACUAUUCCAAAGGAAAAAGGUAUAAAUGUAAGAAAUGAACUUCUAGCAUUUCAUGAGAAAUGGUAUUCCGCAAAUAUUAUGACAUUAGCAGUUCUCGGAAAAGAAAAUCUUGAUGAAUUGGAAGAACUGAUCGUACCUCUAUUUUCAACUGUUAUUAAUAAGAAUAUUGAAGUACCUGAGUGGAAAGAACCGCCAUUAUCAAAGAAUGAGCUGAUGUUGAAAGGUUAUGUGGUACCUAUUAAAGAUGUACGAUCUUUAGCCGUAACAUUCCUUAUUCCGGACUAUAAACAGUACUACAAAGCAGCACCUGGUCACUACUUAAGUCACCUGAUAGGCCAUGAAGGCCCUGGAAGCUUACUCUCAGUUCUAAAAGCUCGUAGUUGGUGUAAUAGUUUGUUAGGUGGUCCACGUGGAUCCAACAAGGGUUUUGAUUUCUUUUCCAUUAAUGUGGACCUGACACCUGAUGGAAUCGAUCAUGUUGAUGACAUUAUACAUCUUAUAUUUCAGUACAUAAACAUGUUAAAGCAGCAAGGACCUCAAAAAUGGAUUUUUGAAGAAUACGCUGAAUUAUUUAACAUGCAUUUUCGGUUUAAGGAUAAACAAUCUCCUAGGUCCUUUGUCAAUGGUCUGACCAUAAAAUUGCUGGACUAUGAAAUGGAAGAUGUUCUUGCUGGAGGAUAUAAAAUAACAGAAUGGAGACCUGAUAUGAUUAAUGAGCUUUUGGAACACCUUUGUCCAGAAAAUACUAGAUCAGUUAUUGUGGCAAAAAAAUUUCAGCCAGUUGCUGACCAGAAGGAAAGUUGGUAUGGGACACAGUACAAAUUAGAAUCAAUUUCUAAUGAUGUCAUUGAAAAAUGGAAAGAUGGCUCAAUUUGUAAUGAGCUACAUAUGCCUGAAAGAAAUGAAUUUAUUCCAACAAAUUUUGAUCUGUUUCCCAGAGAUGAGAAUGCAAAUAUGUAUCCUGUAAUAAUUCAAGAAACACCCUAUUCCAGAGUUUGGUAUAAGCAAGACAAUGAUUAUCUCCUUCCUAAAGUAAACAUGAGUUUUGAAUUCAUAAGCCCACUAGCAUAUUUAGACCCAGUUAGCUGCAAUUUGACAUAUAUGUUUGUUAUGUUAUUCAAAGAUGCUCUUAUGGAAUAUGCUUAUGCCGCUGAGCUAGCUGGAUUACGCUGGGAACUUACCAAUACAAAGUAUGGUAUGGUUCUUGGAAUAGGUGGGUAUAAUCAUAAACAGAAGAUUUUGUUGGAAAAAAUCAUGGAAAAAAUGACAAAUUUUGAGAUUGAUCCAAAACGGUUUGAGAUACUCAAAGAAAAUUACAUUAGGGGGCUCAAAAAUUUUGAAAUAGAGCAACCGUAUCAGCAUGCCAAUUAUUAUUUGGCUGUCUUAUUAGCAGAGCAAUCAUGGACAAAGUCUGAACUUCUAGCCGCAACUGAAUUUGUUACAGUUGAAUCAGUCUCUACGUUUAUCAAACAACUUUUGUCAAAAAUGCAUGUAGAAUCUCUGGUUCAUGGAAACACCACAAAAGAGGUUGCUUUGGACAUGGUAAAUACUGUCAUGGACAGGCUAAGUGGUAGUGUUGGUUUAUGA